CUUUUAUUUUGGUGGGGCGGUGUGACGUCAUAAAUCUGCGUCGCGCUCCUGCGUCUGAGAUUCUGCUGAAGAAAGAGAAACUCCUGCUGAAGCGACGGAGAUCCUCGAGACACUGUUAUAAAGAUGGCUUUUAUUAAAGUCGAGAGCGAAGACAUGAAGAUUGAAGAAGCAUUUAGUGUCAAACAUGAAGAUACUGAGGAACAGACAGAGAUGGUGUUUAUUAAAGAGGAGAGGGAAGAGGUGACGAUUGAAGAACAUUUUCAAGUCAAACAUGAAGAUACUGAGGAAAUAACAGAGAUGGCGUUUAUGAAAGAGGAAAGGGAAGAGGUGACGAUUGAAGAAGAUUUUCAAGUCAAACGUGAAGAUACUGAGGAACUAACAGUACGCGAGGGAAAUUGUUUUGAAAACGUCCAAUGUGGAGAACGGGCAACCAGAGUGUUUCAACCAUAUAUGUUCGAGCCAGAGUCUGAUCCCGAAAAUCAAGACGAUGAACCGACUACACCUCAAAUACCAAGGAUGCUCCAGCCUGCGACAGCAUGGUGUACCUGUGAAAACUGUGCUGUUAUGCCAACGGAAAAAGAAAAUAAAUGCUGUUUGGAGAUUCCUGAGAUUGUUAGAAGGAUUAACCAGGUACCGGACACACUUACCUGCAUAACUCAUCACCCAGGCUUUGAACCGGUUUGCCUAAAUGUGUAUUCACUACAGAAUGCACUUAAUGUUUACAAAGCUGAUUAUGGCCGCUUGAAACUCAGAGGAAUAGAACAGCGUUACAGGCACUUGGCACACAGGAAUUUUGUGAGCUGGUGCUGGGGCUAUCUGAGCAGGACGAUCAGGGUGGUUAUCCCGUCUUGCGUUGUCCUGCGUAUAUGCCGAGAGUUUCCUGAUGCUGCAGGCAGCUGUGCUGGAUUCAGACCUCCCCUUGACUGAACCACGAUACAUGCCUUGCGAUGGCUUCUACCAUGGAGGGUCUGUCAUACUGGGCUGAGAGUGAUUUUGUGAAUCUCCUACAUGUAGGGAAGAAGUUCUGGGAUCACUUUUUCAAAAAGGAAGGUCAUCAGAUUAAUGACAUAGCCUGUAAAAAUAUAAUUGCACAAGUAACAUUACAAUUAAU